CGAUAACAAACCGCUGUUGUGUCUGAAAGAUGCCCUAAUUUCACAAUUCAAUUCAAUGGAAAGAGGAUAAGGUAUUUUACGGUAGUUCUCAAACUCGCUUAUUCCCAGUUCACGUGGUUGUUUCUUCCUUAAUCCAUUUUAUCAAAAUUUGAAAUUUCGGAGUUCUCUACUGCCUCAAUGUACACCAAUAUCUCCAAAGCCCACGCAUUUCCUCUGGCCGCUAAAAUCUCUUCGCAACCUAGAUGCUUCAACUCAAUCCCCACCCUAAAAAACCAAUCUUUACCAUUUUCUUUUUGUCAAAAACGCAUUUUAAAGAACCCCACUUCACUCUGGGCCAGGUAUAAAUUUGGAACAUCGGAAAUUGGAAAAUUAGCAAGUCCACGAGGGUUGAUGCUACAAAUUGCUAGGAGAUACUGCAGUCACAGAAGUGCUGAGAAGCGAAAUCCUUGGUUAGUUGUAGCUAACGAAUUCGAGGAAAGAAAGGUGGUGGAAAAAGCGAAGACGACUAAGAUUGGUAGCUUUACUAAGAGGGUGAAUGGUAAGUCCUCUUGGGAACAAUCCAUUGAAAGGUUAGAGAAAGCAACAGUUCCAGAAUAUAAGUUGGGACCAUCAUCAGCUUCAACAUUUUCUAUGAAAGGUGGUGUUUCAGCUGCUGCAAGUGAGGAAAAGAAGAGUGGAUCCGUUGAGAAAGUGAGAGAGAAUAGAAGUGAUUAUGGUAGCAGGUAUGGGAAGUUUGAUGGUGGUGGUGAUGAUGAAGAAGAAGGAGUUGUUGAUGAUGAAAUGGAGGAGGGUGUUGAUGAUCCAAGGUGGGAUAACAUAAAGAAUAGGGUCAAGGGGAUGGUGGGGGCAAAAGUUGGAUUUGAAAGACCUGAGUUUCGAAGAUGGAGUAAGCAGGAAAAUUGGGGUAGAAAGACAUGGAAAGAGGCCACUGAAUCCACUGUUCCCAGGAUUGUUGGAGAGGGAAUCUAUGGGGUUGGUCCAGUUUUGGCUGCUUUGUCUGCGGGUCGAAGGGAAUUCUUCGCAUUGUAUGUGCAAGAGGGAUUGGAUUUUAGUAGCAACAAUAGGAAGAAGAAGGACAAGAAAGGGUUUGAGAAGGUUCUAAAGAUUGCUGAAAAGCUUGGCUUGACUAUAAAAGAAGCAUCAAAACAUGAUCUGAAUAUGGUGGCUGAUAACCGUCCCCAUCAGGGUUUGGUUUUAGAUGUUUCGCCACUAGAGAUGGUGAAAAUAAAGGAACUGGACCCUGUUUCUGUUGAGGAAGGGCAGGGUUCCCUUUGGGUAGCCUUGGAUGAGGUUACCGAUCCUCAGAAUUUGGGGGCAAUAAUUAGGUCUGCAUACUUUUUUGGAGCUUCUGGAGUGGUGUUAUGUGCCAAGAAUUCAGCCCCAUUGAGUGGUGUUGUGAGCAAAGCAAGUGCGGGCUCGCUUGAAUUAAUGGAACUUAGAUAUUGCAAGAAUAUGAUGCAAUUCUUAGUGUCUUCAGCUGAAAAUGGUUGGCGAGUUCUUGGAGGCUCUGUCUCCUCCAAAGCUAUUUCUUUGAACGAGGUUGUGCCUGGUCCUCCAACUAUUCUUGUUUUGGGCAGUGAGGGCACUGGUUUGAGGCCACUGGUGGAGAGAUCAUGUACUCAGUUAGUUAGGAUUCAUGGCAACAUUCCUUUGGACCUAAGUAAUAGUGAAUUGGACAGUGAAAGUAGUGGUUUAAAUUGUGAGAGCUCUGGCAAAGAGUUCUUGUCAUUUUUGGCUGUGGAAAGCUUAAAUGUUAGUGUUGCGGCAGGUGUGCUUCUUCACCACUUGAUUGGCAAAAUGUUAGUAGAUUCAUUGCCAGAGGAGCAUAAACAUGUUGACAUGUCUGAGUGAGACUGCAAUGCCUCCAUUUAUUAAGUCUGCACUCACUUAAUGUCCAUUGAUGGAGUGCUGUUUUAUUUUUUUAAUACGUUGUAGUUUCUCCUUAUCAUUUGAUCACAAUCAUAUUUACAAUCAUGUUGGCAAGUUAGUCUGUCCAGCACUGGAGUCAAUUCACAAUUUUGACUGCAAUUUUAAUUGAGGACUAAAUAUAUGCGACACCAUUAUUCAAAUCAAAGAGAAUUGAUCACUUAAAUUGAGAGUUGAGGCUUCUUGUAGUUAUCACAUUGAACUUGUCUCAGUUUAUGGAUUUAUAUUAUUUUUAACUUGCUUUGUAUUGCUUUAAGUUUCAGAUGUGAUUUUUUCAUUAUAACUCGGUUUUAUAACUUUU